AGACUUCAGAUUCCAAUGAACGACAUGUCGCCAUUUAGCUCCUCUUUCAUUUUUUCUUUUUUGAUCUAUACCCAAUUGCAAAUAUCACACUCACACGCACCUUUCUUUGAAUGUAGUUAAAACGCAAAGCCUUCCAAAUCCAAAUCUGGAUCAAAUCAAACCAACAAUUUCGCAGAGGAAGAAGCAAAAUUUUGCUUUACCAGAUCUCACUGGAGAUUUAACACUGUUGAUUCUGUGUUUUUGGUUUUUCCAGAUUAAAAUAAAAUAAUGGGUAGAAAAGAUUGGUUAGCGAUGAGAUCAUCAUCAUGGAAUGGAUGGCGACGUUCUCUAGUGUUUUUCUUGCUUGUGCUCUUCAUCCUUCUUAAUCUUUUCUACGUUCUAGAAUUGCAUCAGAACCCAGCUGCACAACCCCCGCCGAAGAAAAUGAACACGAAAUUCGAUCAUUUAGUUCUUGGGCCUGCUGCCGGUCAAGGCUUGCCUAAUCGCUUGCAAUGCCAAGGCACGAAAGCGCUGAACAAGACCCAUACGCCGAGCUCUUCGAAUGCUGGAGAAAGCGUCUCCUUUGUCACUGUCUUUACUGUCUAUAACACUUCAUUAGCUGACUCUAGAUUAUCAAAUUUGGUCACUGUUGGGAAUGCUUCGUACACUAGAAUGGAGAGGUCAAUGGCUGUUUUGAAUGUCUUCGUUAACUUUAUCCAGGUGACAAUGCCACGGAGCAAUGUUGUCAUCCUGACCGAUCCAGCUUCUGAUCUUUCAUUGCGUAGAAAUAGUGUGACUGUGUAUCCCAUUCAGGGUGAUUAUUCGCGAGACAAGUUGAUGCUUCAAAGGAUCAGGUCUUACAUUACUUUUCUGGAAACAAGGCUUGAGGAACUUGCUCAGAACCCAGGCCAUAUAAGUCAUUACAUCUUCACUGACUCUGAUAUAGCUGUGGUUGAUGACCUUGGACACUUGUUUAACGAUCACCCAAACUUUCACCUGGCUCUUACCUUCCGGAACAAUAAGGAGCAACCUUUAAAUUCAGGAUUUAUAGCAGUAAGGGGGACCGCUGAUGCAAUUUUAAGGGCGAAGAUUUUCCUUCAAGAAGUACUAAAAGUUUACAGUUCCAAGUUUAUGAGUGCCUCUCGAAUGCUUGGAGAUCAGUUAGCUCUUGCCUGGGCUGUAAAAUCACAUCCUAGAUUUGAUUUGAGGAGAUUUACCAAAGCACAGGCUUUUCUAGAAAAUAUUGGUGGUGCUUCAGUGCUAUUUCUACCAUGUGCCACAUAUAAUUGGACACCUCCUGAGGGGGCAGGCCAAUUUCAUGGCAUGCCUUUGGACGUCAAGGUUGUUCAUUUCAAGGGAUCGAGGAAACGCCUAAUGCUGGAGUCUUGGAAUUUUCUCAGUUCCUCUUCUGACAUUUUUGACAUGUUAUGCCUUGUUUUAUUUAGUGGGAGAACAAAGUACGAUUUUUGAGUAGUAUCAGCGGGUUUAAGUUCAGCUUUGAUUUUUUGUUACUGGAGGGAACAUCUGAUUUCAUUUAAAGAACUGAAGAUGAAUGCUCUGCUGCAUCAUGUCGGGCUAUUAAUUGGCUUGUUUUGUGGGUACCAGAGACUCUCUGCUAAUGAAAUCUCAAAUCCUGAUGGUACAAAUUCAGCAUCUUUGGCUGCAAAUGCGACUGAUGGCAUGGAAAGAUGGGAAUUGCAAAGUUGCUGCAAAUUUGAUUUUUCUACUUUUCACUGAACAGAGGACCACUUUGCUACCGUAAUUUCUAGUACUGCAGUAUGCCAUUCCUAUCUAGGUUUUGUUUCUGAAAACUCCAUACAACCAUGACGAGAGAGCUUCAAGAAAAAGUUGAAUGACAAAUGUUACAUUUAGUGACAGGAAUAUAACUGUAGCUCGUGACUAUCCAGCUAUUUUGAUGAUUUUUUCCUUCUUUCCUUGUACAUAUCUUUAUGGAUUACAAAUAUUACAGCAUGCAAGGUACUUCACUAUCUGGACACAUUUCAUGCUUAGAUAACGAUCUUUUCUGUCUAUGAUGAUUUCUAGUUGUAUC